UGUUACAACGGCCUGCCAUACUUGAACGUCCUCAUGUUCGAGGAAGUACUGACGUGGUCACACGAGAAGUGGCUAGUGUAGCUAGCUAGGUAGAGCCGGGUAGUGACUCAGAGGCCAUAUCAGGAUGUCAGAAGGGGACAGUGUUGGAGAGUCAAUCCAUGGGAAACCAUCUGUAGUUGCUGCCUUUUUCACAGGGGUUGGACAGGUCUAUCAGACAUGGCUUGACAAGUCAACACCCUUCUAUGCAGUGCGAUGGGCGCUCACGCUACUACUUACUGCAAUCUACAUGAUCAGAGUGUACAUACUACAGGGGUGGUAUAUAGUAACUUACGCUUUGGGAAUUUACCACCUCAACCUGUUCAUCGCAUUUCUCUCGCCAAAAGUGGAUCCUUCAUUACUUGAUGAAGAUGAGGGCCCAUCCCUUCCGACUAAGCAGAACGAGGAGUUCCGCCCCUUCAUCAGGAGGUUGCCUGAAUUCAAAUUCUGGCACUCUGCGACAAAAGGCAUCGUCAUCGCCAUGAUUUGUACGUUUUUCGAGGCCUUUAACGUUCCAGUGUUCUGGCCAAUACUCGUAAUGUACUUCAUCAUGCUCUUUUGCAUCACCAUGAAGAGGCAGAUUAAGCAUAUGAUCAAGUACAGAUACCUACCCUUCACACACGGGAAGAGGACAUAUAAAGGCAAGGAAGACACAGGGAAAACUUUUGCUAGUUAAGAACUCCACCUCACCCUUCGCCUCAGUCUCAUUUGAAACGCAUUCAUCACAGCUAGAAGGGAGUGAUGAAGAGUAGAGAUUAUUUUUUUUCUUUUUCUUUUGUAAGCUGGACAGUAACAUUGAAACAAAACAUGAAAAAUUACAAAGUUUUGAUCCAUAAUUGACAGUGUUGGAUGAAUAUAUAUGCAGCAUGGAUCAAAAUAGUCACUUGCUCAUUAUUAUCUUUUUUUUUUUUAUUUUAUUUGCAGCUAUAGUUAAGUUAAUUCUGCCUUUUAACCCCAUAAGAUAAGUGAAUCUUCCUCAAGGAGAAGCUAAACUGAUAUAAAAUAACCAUAAAUUUCCCUUACUUUUGGGUUCUUGCUGUGAUAGUGGUUUACACCCCAUCUCAGUCCGCCAACUUUUGAUUUAGAUUUCCUUCCCACUUAUUUGUAACACUUUAAAUGGUAUAUUAUUAAACAAACAUUUGAAUGUGAUUAGAUAUGACAUUUGAUUAAAAAAAACAUCUAAAUGAUAAAUGUUUGGAUCUCCAUAUCUGCUGCUCUCACAUAAAUGUUAGACAAAUACUAAAUGAAGAAGCCCAGGAGUUUUAGUGACAUUUCGUCUGAGUAUGCAUUCAUGAUGGGCAGAAAAAUAGAAAAUGGGUGAAUUUUUUAUCUUACAGUUAAGUCAGCGUGAUUUGGUUUAUUUUUUUAAGGGGAGGGGGGAGUUGUUAUGGCUUUAAGUUGGUGCCUGUUUUUUUUUUUUCUUAUUUUAUUAUUUGACUCUUACAUAGACUUAUGUUUUUAGAUGCAAUAUUAUUUGACUCCUCUUCAGUCUGCCCACACAACAUCUAUGAAUGCAUAGUUCAAGGACGGUGUUAGCUAUCUCCUGUAGUCUGUUAGCUACCGUCAAUUUGCUCGUUUUGUGUUUCUAUGUUUGCAAUUGUAAGCCUCAAAUGGGAAACCUCAAAAAUUUGCGUACUCUUGGACUGGCAUUAUUCUAUAUGAAGAUGGUCAAAUAAUUAUUAUUUUUUUCUCCAAAGUGCACAACCAGUAUUAGUUCCAUGCGAUCAGUCGGAGUUCAAAUUUAAGCAAACAAUUUCCAAAAGGCCUGUCCUCUUUGGAGCAUUUUCCCAUGUGCUCCAAAGAUCGCGGUUGACUUAGUUUUCGUAGACUAGCUGUUGUUGUCCUUUAUAAUCUGCGUUUAGGUACAGUCAUUCCAAGCAAACUGUUGUUCUCUUUCUUUUGCAGAGGAAACAUAGGACAACUGAUUGACACCUUUUAUUAAAACAAAUGGAUGAAGUUGGUGGCGAUCAUGCAUUUUUCUAUGAACCUUUUGAUUUUUUUUUUCUUCCUUCCUAACAAAGUGCUGGGAAUCUGUCAAUACUAAACUUUGAUCUACACUGUAGUAAGGGAUCAUAACAUUUUUUCCUGUAAAAAGUUUGUGUUUCAAAGGGUUGUCUGGAUUUGUGUAUAUACAGUAUAUAUAUAUUUUAAAAUAUGAUUUCUUUUUUUUUUUGUUUUGAAAUAAUUUUUUUCUCUCCAUUCAUCCACCUUGUUAUUUCCCUAUAUUGAAAUCCGUUACAACUGAAACUGAUGAAAGACAAACUGGUUAAUUGGGUUCCUGAGCUGAAUUAAAUGUUUUUUCAUGGAUUGCAUGUUAUUUUCUUGUGCUACAGUUAAAAAACAACAACAACAACUUGAUUUUAAAAAUGGAAGUGUAAUUUUUUUUCCACUCCAAAUGCUAUUAAAAGAGGCUGUGUCCCUUCGGAACAGUACAAAAAAAAA